UCCAACUCCCUCAUUCCACUCGUUAACCUUGAAAGAAAAUGUCUGCAGACGCCACACAUCUUAUGUUUAUGUGCCGAUGCCUUGUGUUGGCUAGCACUACCGUGCUCAUUUGGGAUGGCGCCCUUAUGUUCAGACGGGAGAUGCGAGCUAUUUGCAGCAUCGAUAACCUCGUUCUGAGGACCGCCUUCGCUUGCAAUAGAAUCGGGACGAUCGUCAUGCUCAUACCCUGGCUAAGAGGAAUAUUCCCUACUUCUGAUUUGGAUAACGAGAGCUGCUUGCAAGGAUCCCUCGCUGCUGGGAUUUUAUACGUCGUGGCGGAUGCGUGUGGCAACCUAUCUGCCGUCGCUAGAGUAUUCCUGAUGUGGAACAAAAACCCGAGAACCUUGCGAUACCUUAUCGGAGGCGCCUUGGUCGCCCUGUCGUGCAAUGUGGCGUUGAUGAUCGCUAACAACAAUACUGCUCCAGGCCAGAUAACUUGGGUGUCUACGCCUGGGAUACACGCAUGUGCGAUAACAAACUGGAAGAACCUCUUCAUCACUGGGGUUUUUAUAGUGGAGCUUAUCUUCGACCUCUACGCGGCGUUCUUAGUGUUUGUUAACGUCAUGGACAUACCAAGGACCGACGACUCGCAGAUAUCCGGACUCCUACAUAAGCAAGGGUUAUCGUUGCUAGCUGUGAAGUUGGUCUUGCGCUCAUUCAACAUCGCGUUGAGCGUAAUCCCAGGUAGCCUAUGGACUCUUGCGAUAAUUGUGGUGGAACCAAUCAUCGCCGUAGUGAACUCGAGACUCAUUGUCCGAGCUUGCGAGUUCUGCGAAGGGGCUGAGAUCGGGUUUACGAGACCUGAUAUAGAGAUCGAGCUCGCAUCAUUCAGCGAUAGUCCCCAAAGCGACUACUUUCCUACGCUGGGGUUUGCUGAUUGAGUGGUGAGGUUUGCUGCAUGCUUCAUCGUUGGGAUUCCGUAGUUGUGUAGAUCAUGACGUGUAUAUGAUUGACAUCGCUUUGUUGUACGUACUAUCCAACAUACUGUCGUUUCUCGUUUGUGCUUUGGUAUGGAGACGUGCACUCGGCUGAUGGCGUAUACCAGCACAUACAGACAUCCUUUUAGUUCAAUAUACCAAUA